GGGAGCAGACGGAGAGAGAGAGCAUAAGAGAGACAGAGGCAGAAGAGCUCAGUGCUGCACAAUAGACCCAGAGGCUGCUGGGAGGAGAGAGAGAGAGAGGGAGAGAGAGAGAGAGAGAGGGAGGGAGGGAGGGAGAGCAGGCAUCAUGGCAGCGCUCGCUGCAUCAUCACGACACAUGGGGAUGUUGGGCUGCUGCUGGUGAACACUGGGCGAUGCGGAGGAGAGAGCCGAGGACUUCCUGGUAACCAGCGGCCAGAUCAGGGAAACAGGUGUGACGUGUGGGAGGAGCCUCAGGAUGAGUGGGAUUUUGAAGAGGAAGCUCGAGGAGGGCCCCUCGCCUUACCUCUCCCUGCAGGGGUCCGAGGACGACGAGGUUUCCUGCAGCGACAGCGGCAACAGCAGUGACAGUCUCAACCAUCCCGUUGCCUCUGGGCUGCUGGACUCUUCUCUCCAGCAGCAGUCAAAGCGACUGCGUGGUCGCAACGUGCACUUUGAGAGCGUGACGGUCUACUACUUCAACCGCCGGCAAGGCUUCACCACUGUGCCCACGCAGGGCGGCAGCACCCUGGGCAUGUCGCCGCGUCACAGCGGGGUGAAGCGCUUCACCCUCAGGGAGUUCGCCAUGGAGCAGAAGAGGAGCCACCGCAACAUGUUGAGGGAUCAUCUCAAGGAGGAGAAACUCAACGCCAUCAAACUCAAAUUGACAAAGAACGGCACCGUGUCAUCGGUGGAGGCCGACGCGCUCACGCUCGACGACAUCUCCGAGGACGACCUGGACGUGGACAACACAGAGGUGGACGAUUACUUCUUCCUGCAGCCUCUGACCACCAGGAGACGCCGCACCCUUCUCCGGGCCUCGGGCGUCCGACGCAUCGACAUGGAGGAGAAGCACGAGCUGCGCUCCCUGCGCAUGUCUCGGGAGGAGUGUGGGUGUCGCUGCCGCGGGAUAUGCGACCCCGAGACGUGUGCCUGCAGCCUGGCCGGCAUUAAGUGCCAGGUAAAUGGAACUGUGGUGGACCGCAUGUCUUUCCCUUGUGGCUGCACCAAAGACGGCUGCACCAACACCACGGGACGCCUGGAGUUCAACCCGGUCCGGGUGCGGACCCACUUCCUGCACACCAUCAUGAAACUGGAGCUGGAGAAGAGCCGCGACGAGCAGCAUCAGCAGCAGCAGUCUGAGCAGCAGCAGCAGCAGCUUGUAACCAAUGGCAACGGUUACCAUGGAGACUCCUCCUUGGUCCAGCAGCAGCAGCAGCAGCAGCAGCCGAACCUGCAGUUUCCACUGAUGAGUGGCACGCCGCACAUUCCCAUCAUGCACCUCCAGAACACAGGCGACGCAGAUUCACAUCUAGACGAAGAAGAGGAAGAGGAGGAGGAGGACGAGGAUGAGGAGGAGGAUGAUGAGGCGUAUGAGGAAGACGAGGAUGGCAGCAGUGUUUGCAGCGGGCUGUCGGACUGCAGCACACACAGCUUAGAAACACUCGACCCUGAGGAGGACGAGGAGGACGAGGAGGAUGAAGAAGACGAUGAGGAUGAGGAGGACGAAGAAGAGGAGGAAGAGGAGGAAGACUGGGACGGUUCGCUACAUGGAACACGUCCUCCGCCUUAUUCUGUCCCUCUUCCCUCAGUGCUGAGCUACUCGAGCGGCUCACUCCUGAGCAUCAGUCGCUUCCAGCACACUCCCUCGCUGCAGCACUAUCAGAUCGACGGCUCUGCGAAGGACACGCCCGCUUUCCUGCGUGAGAACGCGGGCGCCACGCCAACGCUCCCCGCGGUGGAAACCGCACUAGAGUCCGACAUCAACACAGAACUCCACUGCCGAACAUUCCCAGGCCCCACCGGGUCCCUGACGCCCCAAACUUGUUCACAUGUAGACACACGUGACGCCAACACUGCCCCUAGUGGUGAUGGACAGAACAGACCAGACGACCGUGACUCACAGACCGAGGCUGCGUCUGUGCAGCAGACAGGAGAGGAUGUGAGCGAGCCAUCGCAGGACGGCGGGCCGGAUGGAAAGACGGACACCGGAUGCGUCUGAUGAGUCAGACGCUCCGGAGACGGGGAUCAGUUGUCAUUUGGAAAAUCUUUAUUCAAGAAUUGUGACCUCAAGCGUCAGAGUUUGAUAUAUUCUUGAUAAGUGCACUUCCAAAGAGAGAGGGAGAGAUAGACGGUGAUUCAAUUUAAUCUCGAGACUAUAAAAGAUUAAAUGUCACUGAUGAAGCUCAAUGAAACAGUGUUCCUGUAACUUACCUGUAUCUACAGUGAGAAUCAUUUUUGCCUUGUUAUGAAAGUCUUUGAUUAUUACAGCAUGUUUUCUGGCAUCUAUGACAAAUCGGUGAGAUUCCGAGGUGCCUGUAUCGAUUUUCUCUAUUUUCCAUUUUGCUGCUGACCGUUCUUCGAUGCCUGUCGUCUGUACCGCAUGUGUUCAUUUGAUGUUCCAACACAAACUGUAAAAUGAUAAACGAUGUCACUGGCAACACAAGAACAAUCCUUAUGAAUUAUUAACAAAACAGAUUCACAGCAGUUGUGUUUUGUCUUCCUAUUUUGUGCUUAGUUUUUAGCCAUGCUAGCAACGUAGCUCCAGAUUUGUAUAUAUCGUAAUAACUAUUGGUUGGAUUUCUUCAGAUUUGGUACCGACGUUUGUGUUCCCCUCAGAGGGAAUAAAAAAAAAAUAAAGUGGUUAUAAAUAAAUAUUUUUAUAUUAACAAUG